AUGAAAACCACCAUUUUCUACUCACUUUGUUUUCUUUCAUUGUCACUAUUAAUCGUUGAAGCGACGGAUAUAAAUGGAGACGCAUCACUUCAAUGCCGCGUCUGCACCGAGACGAUCUCCAUCUAUCAAGCAAAUCCGCUGAUUACUAUGCAAGCUCUCCUCGUACAAGUGCAGAAUUGGUGUCGAACGAUUGGAGCAUACGCGGUCGCUUGUAUGGAUUCGGCUGAUCAGAUUGUACCAAAUAUCUGGAUGCAAUUGCGCCAACCGCACGUAAACCCAAACGCAAUCUGUCACAACUCGUAUUGUGGUGAUGGUUUUAUUGGAAAAUUGAUGUUAGCGUGGACGUGGCUAUUGACGUUUUGCGCGUGUUGUUUCCCAGUGAUCCCCUCGCCAACUCCAUCAACAACAACAACAACAACCACGCCAACAACUGGCACAACCACGACAACGACAACUACAACAACAACGACAACAACAACGACAACUACAACAACAACGAGUACAACGACGACAAGCACCACCACAAGCACAACAACAACUACAACAACAAACACGGCACCUGCAGAUUGUUGCCCGGCUCUCACGCAAUUCAUCGACCCGAAUCGAACGGAAUUUGCUGACGGAAUCAUGACCUUCCAAUAUGAUUCGAUCGCUUGUCGAACGACUGUCACCGCCGUUUGCACCCGAGAAGACGGCCUCAAUCAACUCGACGCGGCCAUCGUGGCAAACUCUGUGGCCUUUUUGGACUACCAACCAAACUUGGUAACAGUGACCGGGACAUGUUCUGGUGGGGCGUGGUUUAUGGCCGAGCCUCCAUUGAGGAUUAACACUUUGGAAUGUAUCUUGAACAAUCAACAA